AGCGGAAGUACUUUUGAUCUUACGUGAGCUAGGUCACAUUGGUUCGGGUUUGUAAUGUUGUGAGAAACAUCACCGCUAUGGAGGCAGCUAACACAGAGGAGAUCAAUCUGAGGCAUGUGGAAAAAGAUGUCCUGAUCCCCAAACUGAUGAGGGAGAAAGCCAAGGAGCGCUGUGCAGACAAAGUUGAAGCCUUCAACAGCUGCUGUAAAGAAUCUGGUUUCUUCAUGGUGUUUAAGUGUCGAGAGGAGAAUUCAGCGCUGAAGGAAUGUCUGACACUACACUACAAGGACCCUGCGUUCUUCGAGGAGUGCAAGCAGGACUACAUCCGAGAGAAACUGGAAUUUGAGAGGACGGGGGUCCCAUCAAAGAACAGGAAACAAAAGCUCCCAACUAGCAUGUAAUGAGCAACAUGAAACCCAAACAACUUCCCUCAAGUGAAGGUGAGGGUACGGAGCAUAAGGCUCCAAACCAGAGCCAGCAGCAAGUCCUGCACACAUAGGACACAUGGUCAUCUGGCUGGGUUUAUUAUUGAUAAAGCCACAAGCGUGUCUUUUAUUUAAAUAAGUACUUUGGUGUGUGAGAGUGGUACAUAAUCAAAAUGACGCCUAUUUUUUAUGUUCUGCAUAUUUGCAAAAUCUUCUCCAUCAGAUGGCCGCAGUUGUUGCAUACUACUGCUGACUCAUUUGACUGAGUCAGCAGUAGUUAUGUGACAUUUACCAAUGAGCUUUUUGAUUGAUAAAAGAGAGCAGCAUUUUGGCUCUGCAGGCGUGCAGUCGUAAAUUGAGGGACACUCAGUGUCUGCUGAACACUUUGUUGUAUGUUCAUAUUUUACAUGUAAUGAAAAUAUGAACCAAACUCGAGUGGUAAUGAAGAGUCAUGCUUGUUGCCGGACUUGUACAGUGUCUGUUAGAGAUCUUUUACAACUAACCCAAGCAAUGAAACCCAUUUACAAAAUCAUGUGAUCAGGUGACAUAUGCAAUGAAAUGUGACACUGUAAAUAUUCUGUGGCAGUAAAGUGUAUAUAAGCGGCAAAUUAGACAAAGUAUGAAUCAUUCAUGCAUGUGCUUUGUUCCACAUAAACGUCUGCUCGAUUUAGUCAGAUGUUACAAAUGUGAAUAACAUGUAUUCCAGAGGGGUUUGGACACAUAGCAGCUCAUGUUCAGGCAUCUUUAACUUAAAAUGUACCUACCUGCAGUACACCGUGUACUUCAGUUUAGUUGCCGUUCAGUGCAUUGAAAAGUAGGCGGAAAUUUCUAAACAUUUUCUGAUUAAAUUGUUCGCUCUUAUUGGCUUUAAUUUGUACAAUAUAACAGAUUUUGUUAAAAUGUUCACAGUUUCAAUUUUAAAUCAGCUGAGUUUAUUUUUUGAAAAAAAUGCAAAACAAAAAAACCCAAAUCAAAUUAAUAUACAACAUCAGCUGGAGUCCUGGUUCUUUAAUAUGAUUUUCUCUUAUUCUCUUUUUGGCGACAGUACGCAGGCAGGUGACUGAGGUUUGUUGCCUUUUAAUUAAAAUGAUUGAAAUCA